CAGUGUAUUGCAGCAGCCACGUCGGCGUGUGUAGUGUAGUGUCAAGUGAACUGUUGGUGAAGGUGGCUGUCUGUCUGGCUGCCUCAACCUACACACUUACUACACAACAAACUAUUACCUCACAUCAUCUCUCUCUACCAUGGGCUUUGGCGGUAAAGACUUGACCCUAGGUAACAUGAAGGCCCUGAUCCUGGUGGGCGGGUAUGGCACCAGGCUGAGGCCCCUCACUCUCAGUCGUCCCAAACCCCUGGUGGAAUUUGCCAACAAGCCUAUUGUCUUGCAUCAGAUUGAGGCACUGGUGGCUGCCGGAGUGACACAGGUCGUUCUGGCUGUGUCUUAUCAUGCAGAACAGAUGGAGCAGGAGCUGGCACAAGAAGCUCAGAAGUUGGGGAUUCGGAUCACAUUCUCUCUGGAGGAGGAGCCCCUAGGAACAGCAGGACCCAUCAAGCUAGCUCAGUCCAUCCUGGCCUCUAAUGAUGAACCAUUUUUUGUGCUUAACUCAGAUGUCAUCUGCGACUUUCCCUUCACUCAGAUGGUCAAAUUCCACAAGCAACAUGGCAGAGAGGGCACCAUUGUGGUGACAAAAGUUGAAGAGCCUUCAAAAUAUGGUGUUGUAAUAUAUGAUGAAACUGGCAAAAUUGAUCGCUUUGUGGAAAAGCCUCAGGAAUUUGUAUCGAAUAAAAUCAAUGCUGGAAUGUACAUUUUCAACCCGUCUGUUUUGAAACGAAUAGAGUGCCGUCCAAUGAGCAUUGAGAAAGAAGUGUUCCCGUACAUGGCCGGGGAUGGACAGUUGUACGCUCAAGAACUCCACGGCUUUUGGAUGGACAUUGGGCAGCCCAAGGACUUCCUGACUGGAAUGUGCCUCUUCCUCAACUCUUGCAAGCUCAACAAUAGUGCCAAGCUUUAUAAAGGGCCAGGUGUGGUAGGCAAUGUUUUGGUUGAUUCUUCAGCCAAAAUUGGAAAGAAUUGCCGUAUUGGUCCUAAUGUCACCAUUGGACCCGAUGUUGUAAUAGAAGAUGGGGUGUGCAUUAAGCGGUGCACUAUUCUCCGAGGAGCAACUAUCAGAUCCCACACCUGGUUGGAAAACUGCAUUAUAGGCUGGAAGUGCAUUGUUGGCCAGUGGGUACGAAUGGAGAAUGUAUCGGUGCUGGGAGAGGACGUUAUUGUGAAAGAUGAACUUUAUGUCAAUGGAGGGAUGGUGCUGCCUCACAAGAGUAUAGGUGCCUCAGUCUUGGAGCCAAAAAUAAUCAUGUGAAAUUGUGUUCCUUUAUCAAAUAUUUUAAAGUAUAAAAUAUUAUUUAACCCAUCUUGACAUUCAAAUGUUUUAAUUGGUUGCAUAAUUCUAGCCAACUAGAGAUUUUCAGUUAGAAUAUAAAGCUGAUUUGGAGGUAUUUUCUAAUAAGAUGUCCUGGUUUCUUGGGCUGUGCUCUGAUUAAGGUUGUCGGUAUUGUAUACCAUUAUUAUAAUAGUAAAGGUCCUGUUAUCCGACCACAAUUAUAUCCAUAACCACAGUUAAUCCAUAAUUGUGGUUACGGUGAUGCUGGUCCUACUAAAUGCAAGCGAGUUCAAAAUAAGCCAUCAGGGACUGAUUAGCAAAAUAGUGUUAGUACCAUUCACAUGUUAUUGUAUAUUAUCAUGCUAAAGUGCUAAACCCAUAGGGAGUCAUACAGUGCUUGGGAAAUACAAGGGCAAGAUUUAAUAAAUUUUCAGUAUUUACUGCUUAAAAACUAUUUGGUAAAUUCUUAAAAUGUUAUGGUGUUACCCACUGAUGCAGCAACACUAUAAACACCUAUUACUUCCAGGGACUGAUGCCCUAGAUACUUUCAUUUGAUACUUCACCAGUAGCAAAUAUGGUGAGCUAUGAUAAAUACUAAUGACCUCCCCUCCUCAUAUCUCAUUAAUCAGUGGUCACCAGUGACCCCAGUAGCUGUAGGUCAGUGCCUGGUGGCAUUACCAUUAGUUGCUGAAUACUGUACUCGUACAGCAUGUAAUAUCAAAACUUGCUCCUUGAAUUCCUAAUUAUGUUGAACAUACAGUACGUAUGUGAUACUGUAAAUUAUAAAAUAAAUUAUUUAAUUGGUGUGAUUGGAAUGAACUGCUUUGGUAAUUAGUUUUUCAUUAUAAAGUAGGUUAAUUUUGUCAACUAUGUUUAGAAGCCGUUUUAAAAGUAUAAAAUUACAGUAUAAAAUACAAGUUACUUGUAAAUUUAGUUCUGUUUUAGCAGUUGGCCAAUUUGUUAAUUUCAGUACAUUAUACUAAUGUAUCUACUCUUGAAAUCUGCUUAGAGCAGUUUUUAAUUAAACAUUUUUAUCAUUGCUAAAGACUAAACACACUUUCUCCUCCUUUAGGGUAUAUGCUAAUGCAGUUAGAUGUACAAGUGUCCCUUGACAUUAUACAGUAGAUGCAUUCCAGGCUCAUGGGAGUUACAUAAGCUCAGGCAGAUCUUCAAUACCUAAUUCUGCAUUUGAUUAAGAUUUCAUGUUUCAUGAACCAUAAUGAUCACAUAUGGCAAAUAUAAAUAUUGCACAUACAGAAUUACUGCCACAAAUAGGACAUCACACAAUAGGAAAUUUGCAUGAAAAAAAACCCGCAUGAAGCAAGGGAAACUGUAUAAUGAAUGUUGCUUGGAAAUGGUAAAGAUACUUCUUAUUUUUACCAGUAUAAUUCAGGAACAUGGGCACAUAUAAAUAAACAAAAUUAAAGAUGCUGUUGAAGACUGUGGUAAUAUUGGAUACCUAUAUUUAAUCAAAGAAAUACCUAAUGUACUGUGCCUAAUGUGGGCUUUGUAAAACACUGCACUGUACAUUGUUUAAAUUGUCCCUUACCCCUAUAUACUUUUAUAAUACCAUUCAUCUCCCAUCAAGGGAGUGACCCCAAAUAAAGAAAUGUCUUUAGCAUCAUUCAGUAGCUGUUUUGGUAGAAGUGCAGGCUGUAUAGUCCUUGUGGCUUAGCGCUUCUUUUUGAUUAUAAUAAUAAUAAUGGUAGAAGUGCAUAUUGUAUGAAUGAUGAGCGGCCACUGUCAUGGUGGGUGAUAGACUUUAAAAAAGUGCAAACAGAUAUUUGAUUUGUGAAGAAAUCUGAAAGCUGGAAAGGCUGAAGUAGGAUAACAGGACCUUGAAUGUUUGCUGUUCAAUACUUAUUACUGUAGUCCUCGAAUAAUCUCAGGAACUUUUCUACUGUAUAUUUAAGUACUAUAUAGCUUCAUUGGUUGGCUAGAUGAUAUAUUUAUGUAUUCCAAAAUGUGCAUUACAAUUUGAUGAAAGUAAAUGGAAGCUGUUGCAGCACCAUAGGUGAGAGACUGAAGCAGUGUGGAGGAAUGUCUUGUUAGGACUAUUGUCAGUAACAUGUAUUCUAGACUGGACUCUCUAGGCUCACCCAUAUUGGGGCCCCUCUGCAGUCUUUGCAGAACAAAUGAAUGUAUUGUACAACAGGAAUAUGCUUUGUCUGUUUACUGUCAAGUAUGUUCAUGUUGUGCAGUAGUGUGGCAACACAGCUGUUCACACACACUACGUGUUAUUCUUAAGCCUGCUUUAGGCCUCCCCUCCCUUCCCUUCCCCCCACUGUUUUCCCAAGAUUGAGAGUGUUAAGAAAUUAAAGAUCUGUAAUGCCUAACACAGUAAUAUGAGGAUGGGCUGCACAACAAGAUCAGCGUGAAGGGUGCUCUAGUGCAGUAGUAUGGCAGUAAAUUCAAUGUGAAGGUCAUCAAAAACAGUAGUAGUACUGUAGGUAGUUACAUCAUUUCUUAUUAUUCCACAAUUUCAGUAUUACCUUCAUGGGCAACUUCCUAUCAUAAAUAAUAAUAAUUGGCCUCACAGAGUUUGACUUUGAAUUGCAUCAAUUUUUACCUAAAUUAGAUAUAACUCCUUGUAUUCAUAAUUGUAUUGUACAGUACAUUCAAUCUCCACACCACCUGCAAACUGAACAGCAGUCCACCAAGUGCCUAACACUGCCUGAUCAAGUGGAAAUUACUAGUGAAACACUUUUGCUUGUUUAGCAUGAAAGCAGGAAGAGAGGUGAAAGUGGUCAAAGGAGUAGCACUGUAUGGCCCAUACAGGUUUAGUGCUUCCCAUAAUACUAAAUAAUAAUAUACAACAUAUUUUGUAAGAUUACAGUGGGAAGUAGAACUACCUCUGUUAUUGCUGAUGUGCACUGUACAGGUUGGCUAUCAGUACUCCGUCAAUCAGUUAUCUGGUUCCAUCAGUAAUGCGGCACUAACUUUGGCUAGCACAAUUUCAAAUUUCAUCAUUAUACUGACUCAGAAAUUGUGUAGAUGGUUGUAAAUCCACAGCAGCAAGCCAGUGGAGGAGAAAGCUGUGAUGAAAAUGAAGAUGUAGCAGUCUCUGUCAAGAGGUUAAUUAUGUGUAUUCUAACCUAACCACUCUGUAAUCCGGCACACUACAGGUCCCAGUGAUGCCUGAUUAGUGAUGGCUAACCUGUAUUAUAUCUGGGAUACUGUAAUGUCCACGAGAGCAUUUUUAAACACUAGAAACUUUUAGUUUGUAACCAUGUUCACUCGAAAGUGUAAUUCACUGUAGUGUACUUAGUGAUGAAGCAAAGGUACUCGAGUAGUCCUAGUGAUGAGGGUGAUGUUAGAGCAAGCUACAAAAUUCAGUGAUGAAGGGAUAGAUUUAAAAAAAAAAUAUUGAUUGUCUCUGGCUGCUGAUGGUAGGAAAUACAUUAAUUCCCCUCCCUCUCCUUACCUUUUAGUUGUCAAAACUACACAUUAUAUAACUGUUAUAGUACUUCUGAGAACACCAGACAAUGACAGUGAAUAAAGUAUGAGAAGUAUAUGUGCAAGUUUUUAAAUAGUGCUGACUUGCUGAAUAUUAUUAAUUUGUUAUGAACAGUAUAAAACUAGGUUAAACUUGAGGUCAUAUUAAACAUGUUUGAAAAUGACUGGAUGUUACCAUUACAUAUCAGACUAACAAUUAUGAAGCUAUAUGCAGCAGUGGGAAGGUGUCCACAGUUGGGGAAAAAAAACAUGUGGACUGGAUAGAAAAUGUAGCUACUAGAGCUAAAAAAUAUUAGCUGUUAAAAAAAAAGGGGGGGGAGGGGCUGGAUGCACUAGACAUUCCUUCACUGGCUGAUAUGAAGAGAGACACAUGAUAAAUACAUACAUCACAGGAUUAUUAAAGGGCAUGAAAGAAUUGAUAAUUUCCUAGCACCAACAGGGAGAUCCAGAGGCCAUAUCUAUAAACUAAGAAAGAGGUAUUGAAUGGAUACUAGAAAGUUCCUAACAAACAGUAGAAUAAUUUGUUGAAGGGAGCAAGUGUUAUAACUACUGGAAACUUAAAAAUUGAAUGAUAAUUAAAUACUGAAAGCAAGACAUGAACUUAGCUCUACACCUGUAGCUUCAAAUAGGUAAUAUCUUGCACAUCCUCAUUGAAAUUCUCACGUAAAUUCUAUUUUGAUGAUUUUGCACAAUUAUUAUUAACAAAAAGAAGCACUAAACCACAAGGGUUAUUUUGCACAAAACUCGACAAAUAUAUGUCUUGACUGACUAUUGACUACAUUAUUUUUUUACUAAUACUCUUAAUGCUACACUUAAGUGUAGGAUAUACUGAAGGAGGAUUGAAAAUAUAACAGUUUGGAGGAGCAAUUGAACUGUAACAUCAAGAUGCUUCUGGUGAGACUGUGAUAGGGAGAUUCAUACAGAAAAUGUUCCUUCUUUUUUGGACCACCCUAUGUUGGUGGGAAAUAGCUGGUGUGUUAGUUAGUUAGUUGGCCUCUUUUCAAAAUAUGCACAUAAUUUUGGCAAAAUGUAAGCUUGUGUAUUCUUCACCCAGACUUCAAAUGUGGUGCAGUAGAUAGGAUUAAAAGUCUAAAGUCUGCUGGAAUACAUAGUGUGGUAUAGUCACUAGCUGUUGUUACUUAAGUUUGCAUGUUGCCAAAGGAAUGUUCUUACUGAAUCCUCUUGACCCAGGCUCAGCAACACCCUGUUCAGCUUGUGUGCUAAAGAAAAUAAACUUGUAUGUUUAAUGGGAUCUCUAAGCAGUGGAUUCUUUUUGUUACAUGUGACUACAGAUAUCUUGUAUUAUUUACUUUUAAAUGUUAAAGAAUGAAUAUCAGCAGCAUUAGCAUUAUACGUAACUGUAACAAAUUUUGCAAGUAUAUUUUACUAGUCUAAAUGCAGUAGGAAACAUUUUGCCUGGUAAAAUGACGUGAAAUGAAAGUGCAUUACAUUUGUAUUUACACAAGGACAAACAAUUAAUGACUGUCUUGGCACGAGACUGCAAUUAAAUUAAAAAAUACAGGAAUGCAUUUGUCAUUCGGAAGUGGGAUUGGGGCCAUAGAAAAAUUCAUCAUUCAGGUUUUUUUUCAUGAGUAUUCAAAAGUUGUUAAUCUACCAAUUCUAAAAUAUACUGUACUUAAUGAAUACCAAAUAUUGUACAUUCUGUGCAAUUGAGUGGUCUUCCAUUCACCACUGGAGGAACUUGUUGCAUUAAGUUACAGCUGUGCAGAGUAGUAAAAUAGCAUUAAUUAUGCAUCACAUAUCUUGUGGAUUGCAGUGAAAAAUUGAGGAACAUAAUGAGUCCAAGGACUGGGCCACAAAGUUUUGAAAGCUAAGAAAAUUACAGUGUUAAGGAGCUAUAGUGUUGGGAACUUUUCUCUAUUUAUUAUUAGUUAUUAAGUAGCUGUAUGAUGUACAGGUUUAGUUCUUGUUUUUAAUGUAAUAAUACUAACAUACUGCAUUACGUAUUAUUGUACUGUUAUUCUGACUAAGGAAACUAUAAUUACAUAAGAAUGUUAAAAAGGUUUGUUGUUGUCUUACCUGAGCAGCUCUUAUUACACUUUUGUGCAAGUCUAAUACCUUUGAUCUGGAGUUCCGAGUCUUUCUACUCCCAGAACCUGGCCAUGCAGGCUGUUGCUGCUGGUGUCCCGCUAACCCACAUAUCCAUGAUAGCCUGGUUGAUCUGGUACCUGGUGAAGAUACUUAUCCAGUUUCCUCUUGAAAACUUUUACACAGCAGUGUUUCAUCUCUGACCAUGAACAAAUGUAUAUUAUCCCUAGUCUUCCAUCUUUCUCAAAUAUGACAACACAACACUAUUUUACACACAACUUCCUGUGUAUUUUAUCUAUUUCUUCAGGAAUUUCAGUUUCCAUAGAACACCAAUUUUACUUGACUCGCUUCUCGGUACGAACGUGGAGAAGCCUGAUAGAUCAAGCCUCUGCAACUUCUUGUACUGAAUAACCCACAUGGAUUUAGCACUACAUAACCAUAAUAAACAUUACAAAUGUAUGAUUUUGAAUGUCAAUUUUUUUUUUUUUUUUUGGUAAGCUUCUUCGCAUCUUUCUUUUGCCUUUAAUGAAUUUUUUUCUAAGAGGUAAACCAGCAGUAUAAUCAGCAGUGCUAUUGAAUGUUACCAGUUGUGGUCAGAGUAAAUAUUGCCUAUAUAUACUGCACUGCAGUCAUUCAUAGAAAUUUAUGUAAUGUAAUUAUGAGAACAAUACUGAUGGCAGCUCUGCAUAAUGAACAAGAAUUUUUUUAUAUUAAAUUUACGUAUAUAUU